AUGGAGGAAUUAGCGCAGAUUAUGGUGUACAAGGAUUUGAUUCUUCAAAUGUCUAAAUUCAUAUAUGGUAGUUUGAGAAUUGAUAAAUGUACAGUAAACUUUAAAGAGUUUAAAAACUUUCGAGCUGUUGAAUUCAAGGCUUUUUACCAUGCAUUUUCUCUUGGUGCUGUACAAUUCCUUACAACAAUUUAUUUAGAUAAUAGAUUAUCAGAUGAGAGAAAGGAACUAUAUAGAGACUUUAUAGGAAUAAUUAAAGAUUUUGAAAAUAUUCUUUCUUUUAUUAAUGGAAAAGAUUUGAAAGUUGGAAAUGAGGAAGAAAUGUCAGAGUUGGAGAGAUUAAUAUAUAUUCAUCAGUUAAACUACUUUUUAAUGUUAGAAAGAUUAGUAGAUAAUAAGAUUAUCAAUCGUGUGUUAAGCAAAUCCAAACAAACUAACAACUAUGAGGAAAGUAGCGACGAUGAUGAAGCUACGGAAUCAACAACAACACUUCAAUCCAAAUCUGACAACUAUGAUGAAAGUAGCGACGAUGAUGAAGCUACGGAAUCAACAACAACACCUCAAUCCAAAUCUGACGACUAUGAUGAAAGUAGCGACGAUGAUGAAGCUACUGAAUCAACAACUGCACCUACAACAACUGCUACAACUUCAACUACAACAACAACAACAACAACAACAACUGCACCUACUACAACUUCAACAACAACAACAACAACAACAACAACAACAUCAACAUCUAAUACACUUACUCGAAGUCUUAAAAAUGUGAAAAUAUGUUCAAAUCAUUUCAAUCCCGAGAAAUUUUUCAUUAUUUUUUUAAUUGGACGAUUAAACUUUAUAAUUAAUGGAGAAACAGAAGAUUAUUUUGUGGAAGAAAUAAAUAAUAAUAUUGUAGUUUAUGUAUAUGCUAAAACUUUUAAAACAAAUAACAAAAUUCCUCAGCAAACAUUAGACCACAUUACUCAACAAACAAAUAUAAUUUUUGAUCAAAGCAAAGCUCAACAUAUUAAAUCAUUUCAAUUAAAUAAUGAUAUAUAUUCGUGCUAUAAAUCCAAACCAUCAAUUAAAUAUUUAAAUAAUAAUAAUAAAAAUAUUAGAUAUGGAAUUAUUAAAAAUAUUUUUUUAAUAAGAAACAACGAUUUUGAACAAAAAUUGUUAAUAGAGGUACAGCCAUAUAUACCUAAAAGCAAUAGAUUUUUAUUAAAAGAAAUAGAUGAUGUAUUAGGCAAAGGUGACAAAGCAAUGCGUGAAAAACUAAAAAAACUACUAGAAUAUAAUACACCUUUUUAUGUUGAUGAAAAUAGUCCAACAGAAAUUAUAAAUGUUGAGCAAUUACAAUAUAAAGUAGAUAUACAAAAUCAAUAA